GCCGGGUCUGGCCGCGCUCCCUCCCCCGGUCCCCGCCCUCACUGCGCAUCGGAAACAUGGCGGCGGCGAGGGACUGAGCAGCCCCAGCGCUCGGCGGCCGCGCAGGUUCUGCUAUGCCGCAGUGGUUGUGCUGCCUUGGCUGUCUUGUAGGAGGGAUGGGGAACUAGAGCCCAUGACAGCUCCCUGGAGCCCUUGGCACUGUUGAGAUCUUGGCAUCUUCGGUCCCCUGAGGGCAGCCAGCGCCGGGAGCAGGCCAGCAGCAGGUGAUAGAAUGCGGAAGCCAGGCCCUCAGAAAGCCAUAGACUGGAAGGAUGGUAAAAAGCACAAGUACAGCCGGCCCGCAGAGUCCCCCUCCCAGUACCAAGGUCACUUCACCUGGGAGAAAUACCUGAAAGAGACCUGUGCCAUCCCAGCUCCUGCCCAUUGCUUCAAGCAGUCAUACACUCCACCUGCAAAUGAAUUCAAGAUCAGUAUGAAGCUGGAAGCCCAGGACCCCCGGAACACCACCUCCACCUGCAUCGCCACCGUGGUGGGGCUGACGGGCGCGCGCCUGCGCCUGCGCCUCGACGGCAGCGACAACAAGAACGACUUCUGGAGGCUGGUGGACUCUGCUGAGAUCCAGCCCAUAGGCAACUGUGAGAAGAAUGGAGGGAUGCUGCAGCCUCCUCUGGGCUUCCGCCUGAACGCCUCCUCCUGGCCGAUGUUCCUGCUGAAGACUCUGAACGGAGCAGAGAUGGCUCCCGUCAGGAUCUUCCACAAGGAACCACCAUCUCCAUCCCAAAACUUCUUCAAGACAGGUAUGAAGCUGGAGGCAGUGGACAGGAAGAACCCUCACUUCAUCUGCCCGGCCACCAUUGGGGAGGUGAGAGGUUCUGAGGUCCUCAUAACCUUUGAUGGCUGGAGAGGUGCCUUCGAUUACUGGUGCCGAUAUGAUUCCCGGGACAUCUUUCCCGUAGGCUGGUGCUCGCUGACUGGAGAUAACCUGCAGCCCCCUGGAACAAAAGUUGUGAUUCCAAAGAGCCCUCUGCCUGCCUCUGAGGUGGGCUCAGAGAAGCCAGGCAUGCACAGCAGCACCAAGGCUGCUCUGGGGCACCAGCAAGGGCAGAGGCGUCGCAAAGCAGGCAAGAAGCGUGGCCGAGCGACCAAAGCACUCAUCCACCACCCCAUGCCUACACCCUCCAAGGCAGUGGAGCCUUUGAAAUUCCCCAGAAAGAGAGGCCCCAAGCCUGGCAGUAAGAGGAAACCUAGGACAUUGCUGAACCCGGCACCCACCUCUCCAACAACCAGUACCCCAGAACCAGACACAAGCACUGUGCCCCAGGAUGCUGCUACAAUCCCCAGCUCUGCCAUGCAGGCUCCCACAGUUUGCAUUUACUUGAACAAGAAUGGCAGCACUGGGCCUCACCUAGACAAGAAGAAAGUUCAGCAGCUGCCUGACCACUUCGGGCCAGCUCGAGCCUCCGUAGUGCUGCAGCAGGCAGUGCAGGCCUGCAUCGACUGCGCCUACCACCAGAAAACUGUCUUCUCCUUCCUGAAGCAGGGCCACGGGGGAGAGGUCAUCUCAGCUGUGUUUGAUCGGGAACAGCACACUCUGAACCUGCCAGCAGUGAACAGCAUCAGCUACGUGCUGCGCUUCCUGGAGAAGCUGUGCCACAACCUGCGCAGCGACAACCUCUUCGGGAACCAGCCCUUCGCCCACCCCUGCCACAUGCAGCGCCCGCACCAGUGCGACCACGACAGGUACCUACCAGACAGAAGCAGCUCCUUAGACGUCUCUCAGCAGGGACCGGGCCGGGGGGCCAAGCGCUAUUGCCAGGAGUCCCCUCCCUACAGUGCUCCUCUCUCCCCCAAGUUACCAAAGAAUGACCGGCACCCCUUGGAAGGUGAAACCUUCGUGCUGGGAGAUGGCCUCCCAGGGCCCCUGGAGCCUCGCCUGGACCCCAUGGACUCUGCCUUGAACUCUGUGCAUUCCUCCAGCCACAGCCGGAGCUGCAGAGACUUUCGCCUGCAAGGCUACAGACACCCGCAGCAGCCCCCGAGCCUCAGCCCCGGCGCCGCCGCCCUGCGCAGGCUCAGCUCCGGGGGCUCGGACAGGUACCUUGGCUCUCGGGACGCGGCGAGGCCGGGCGGCCGCGACCCCUCCUGCUGGACGGUGGAGGAGGUGAUGCAGUUCAUCCGGCAGGCAGACCCCCAGCUGGGGCCGCACGCUGACCUCUUCCGCAAGCACGAGAUCGACGGCAAGGCCCUGCUGCUGCUGCGGAGCGAGAUGAUGAUGAAGUACAUGGGGCUGAAGCUGGGCCCAGCCCUCAAGCUCACCUACCACAUCGACAGACUCAAGCAAGGCAAGUUCUGAGCGGGCCCCGGAGCUCCGCUCCCGCCCUGCCCGCUCGCCAGGCACGCACGCAGCCCCCGCUGCCGGCGGGGCAGGAG